UUAACUUAACUCUCACUUUUGCUUUAACUUCUAACUCAUAGCCACGGUUUUAAGAGGCUUUGACAUAUACGGAAACCCUUUUUCCAGCACUUUGAUUUCUCAGCGGCACCCCAGACAUGAAGAGGAAGGCUAUGGAUCCGAGUCUCUGCUCCGACUGGCGGAGUCCGACUCCAACGAGUCCCCCUGCAAGUCCAGCCGCGCUUUACAGUGUAGAUAUCCUGGAGUCGAUCUUCCUGAAUCUUCCUCCCCAUCAGUUGGUCUGUCUUUGCCGGUUAGUGUGCCAUCAGUGGAAAGAAGUAGCUGACCUUCAGUCCUUCUGGAAAACACGGUGUAGAAGGGAAGGAUAUCUCCUCUGUGAUUCUUACAAAAUCCCUGAAGACUGGAGGUUGUUUUACUUCUUGUGCAAAAUGAGAAGAAAUCUUAUCAAGAAUCCUCGAGGAGACGAGGGAAUGAAUGCCUAGGCCAUUUUGAGGAAUGGUGGCGAUGGAUGGAUAGCAGUGCCCACUGACAGGAAACAUCCAGACGGGACAGUCCGGACAAAUUUUGUGACAUCUUUUAC